AAUGUUGCAGUCCACAUAACACGGGAAUCCUUUUCCUUAUCUUUGGAAGCAAAAGAAGUGUUGUAGUCCACAGAAAGUGGAAUUUUUUUCAUUUUUAAUUCUUGUUUUCUCGGCGCUUGUUCAAGAGAAGGGUAUACUGCAUUUGGCAGAUCGUACAAAACUCCAUUGAAACCCACAAAAUUUGAGCUCCAUUUCCUUCAAAUUUCGUCAUUCCAAGAAACCCCAAAUGAGAAUGGAAGACUCCAUUUUGAAAACCAUGGCAUACUCUUUUGCCAUAUUGACUAUGUAUACUCUUUCGAGAGUCGUUUACAGCGUCUGGUGGAGACCCAAAAGCCUGGAGAAGCAACUGAGGCGGCAAGGCAUCAGAGGUACUCGUUACAAGCUUUUGUUUGGUGACGCCAAAGCUAUGAAGCAGUCGUUCAUGGAGGCACGCUCCAAACCCAUGGCUUUGAACCAUUCUAUUGUUCCUCGUGUCCUUCCAUUCUACCAUGAAAUCGCUCAAAAAUAUGGGAAAGUUUCAGUGAGUUGGAACUUUACAACGCCAAGGGUGCUGAUAGUGGAGCCGGAGCUGAUGAGGUUGAUAUUAACAAGCAAGAACGGUCACUUCCAGAGGCUGCCGGGAAACCCUCUUGGGUAUCUUCUGACACGCGGACUCUCAUACCUGCAAGGGGAGAAAUGGGCCAAAAGGAGAAAGUUACUUACACCAGCUUUCCACUUCGAGAAAUUGAAGGGGAUGGUGCCUGCAUUUUCAGUAAGUUGUCGUAAAUUGAUAGAACGAUGGAAGAAUUUAGUUGCUCCUCAAGGAACAUAUGAACUAGAUAUGAUGCCUGAAUUUCAGAACCUUACUGGGGAUGUCAUUUCUCAAGUAGCCUUUGGAAGCAAUUAUGAAGAAGGAAAGAAAGUGUUUGAACUUCAGAAGGAGCAAGCUGUGCUAGUCAUGGAAGCUUUUCGAACCUUUUACAUACCUGGUUUCAGAUUUGUGCCUAUUGGGAAGAACAAGAAGAGAUAUUAUAUAGACAGCGAGAUCAAAGCGAUAUUAAAAAAAAUAAUUCUCAAGAGGAAGCAGACCAUGAAGCCUGGAGAUCUGGGCAAUGAUGAUCUACUAGGUUUGCUGCUUCAAUGUCAAGAACAAACUGAUAGUGAGAUGACAAUUGAAGAUGUGAUAGAGGAAUGCAAGUUGUUCUACUUUGCUGGCCAAGAGACCACUGCUAACUGGCUAACAUGGACAAUUCUCCUCUUAUCUAUGCAUCCCAACUGGCAAGAGAAGGCAAGAGAAGAGGUUUUACAAAUUUGUGGGAAGAAAAUGCCUGAUAUUGAAGCCAUAAACCACCUCAAAAUUGUGUCGAUGAUACUACAUGAAGUCCUAAGGCUAUAUCCACCUGUGACUCAGCAGUUCAGGCAUACUUGUGAAAGAAUCAAUAUAGCAGGUAUGUGUAUCCCAGCUGGGGUCAACCUUGUGUUGCCAACUUUGCUUCUUCAUCACAGUCCUGAGUAUUGGGGAGAUGAUGUUGAAGAAUUUAAACCAGAGAGAUUCUCUGAAGGAGUUUCAAAGGCAUCAAAGGGUGAUCAGAUUGCAUUCUAUCCAUUUGGGUGGGGGCACAGGAUUUGCUUGGGCCAAGGUUUUGCAAUGAUAGAAGCAAAGAUGGCUCUAGCUAUGAUUCUGCAACACUUUUGGUUUGAGCUUUCACCCACUUACACUCAUGCUCCUCAUACUGUUAUUACUCUUCAACCUCAACAUGGAGCUCCAAUUAUACUACACGAAAUCUAACAACUAUUUCUUUUGGCUUUCAUGGCUAUACCUUUUUAUCUUCAUACUCACACAUGAAGGGUAGUAAGCCAAUAGAAACUCGUGUCUACAAAACCCAAGUUCAAAACAAACUACCUACUUGCAUGUCCAUCUCUUCUUCUACGUUGUAUGUAGAUCUGGUCUCUCAUUUCCCCAAAGACAUACAUUUAAGUACAACAAUUUUGAAGAAAGAAAAUGGAGGUUGUUACAUUUCGAAUUCACUCAACCAUACCAAAUUUAAAGGCCUUCACUGGUAAUCAAAAUGACUAUUCUCCUUUUGAGGCAACUCUUUCUGCCUAUCUUGGCUACUUCUGUUUAUUUAAAGGCAACACUCCAUUGUUAAACUUCUAUAAAAGUUUAUUCUUGGUUCAUCGAGGUGGUUGGGGAGGGUUGUUCCAAGCUUUUAUAUCCAAUGUAAAACCUUAUCCUACUCUUUUGUAUUCCAAUAAAUUCAAGAUGCAAUAUGUGAAGCUUUGGAAGGUCAGAAGUGAGUGUAA